GCUCUUGCGCGUCCAUUGCAAAAAAAUUCCUGCACAGAGUUUUGCGUGGUUGCGUCGUUAAAAUACAAAAGAUAUAAAAUAUGAUAUCGUAAUGCCGCGGGAACCAUCAUAGUUGUGUGAAAAGUGUACCAAUUAGUCAUUCGCGACUCGUCAAGUUGCUCCGCGGUGCGGCUUCUUUUCGUUUGGUUUUUUUUUUGCACCCAAGCCCAAGCCAAAGUUGCGCCACUCACACUCCUCUCCUACUUUUGCGGCCCGGCCGAGAAUUUGCAACAAAAUGUCUCUGGAUGGCGCUAAAUUGCGGUAUGUGGACGAAAGCGGCUUGCCCGUGAUUUUGGCGGCCAAGGGACGCACCUUCCAAGUGGGCUCGUAUCUGAGCUGUGACCUGGUCCUGGAAGGGCCCCAGGUGGAGGAGGUGAUGUGCGAAAUUAAAUGCGACGCCUUCGGCAGGGUAACCAUCAACAACAAAUCGAGCAAGCAGCCCAUCCAACUGAACGACAAGGUUGUCACUGGCAAGCGGCCGCUGCUGCAUGGCGCACGCAUCACCAUACUCAAUCAGGUCUACACGUGGGAGUUCCCCAAGAUCUCCGAGGCGGAGGAUGUGCCGCGCACGCCGGAGCGUCUGUCGCCCAUCGAGCAGGCCUCCAACUCCUGCCCAUCCCUGAAGUUGCAUUCCCAUCGUCCUCAGAUCGACAAGCGUUUGACCGUGCACAACUUUCGCUAUUGCAUCAAUUCGGAUGACGAGGGCAACACGUCGAUAGAGUCGCGUGACCAAAGCGAUGCCCAUGUGGAGGCCGAUGAGAGCCAACGCUGCAAGACGCCGCCAAAUGCAGACGACGAGCCGGCGGCAGCCGCGUGCCAGAGUCCGAAAGUUGAUCUUUUGGAUGCCACACAAAACAAAGAGAACACAGCCACCCCACCAGCCAGUCACAAGAAGCUGCUGAAGCUCUGCGCUCUCUCCGAUGUGGUCAUCACCUCGUUUUCCCCCCGAGAAACUGGCGUCAAGACGGAGAAGUCAUUUACAUGUAUCCGAAAACCCAACACGGCGACAGUCUCCACGCCCAAGAGCGUCUACAGCACGCCGAAGAGUGUGCUAUCGGAGCUGAAUGAGGACAGCUGCAGUCGGGAUCUGCUCGACUUCAGCACACCAUCCACAUCGCAGAAGGCCCGACGGGAGACCUCCAUGCAUCUCAUCGACCUAACAACACCACAAAAGCUGCGUCUGACGCUCAAGCAGACGCCCAUCAGUGUGUCCGACAGCGCCGAUGAAUCAUCAGAUAUCUCGCCGCUCGUCAUCGACAUUACCAAAACGGAUACGCCGCCAUCUCCAGCGUCGUCGCGUCAAGUGCCCAAGACACCGAAGCGACUGGCGGCUGGCGCUACCCCCAAACGGACGCCACAAUCUCUGAUGAAACGGGCUCUUCUGACGAGCACCAAGAAGCAGAUUGCUGCCAAUCGUGUGGAGGCAACCACACCUGUGGGCAUCUCCAAGCGAACAUCUCUGUUGGAGGCGCGCCGUCAGUGCCUUACCACGCCCCGUCGCCUGCCCUUCCAUCCACAGAAACGAACCCCUGCCCAACGAGCCGCCGAUCAGGAGAAAGCCAAGACACCCAGCACCUCGCCUCGCAAGCGACCGUCGCUGUUCUUUGUCAGUCCCCGGGAGAACAAACUCUCGCAAAUGAGAAAGUCCCUGGCGGUGGCCAGGCGCAGUCCCAAUGUGGAAAGGAGCAACAAGUUGGUGGCCAAGGCACGACGCUCCCUCUGUAACUCGCCCAGGGACGGUUCCCCCAAGCCAGGGUCCCCCAGGCUCGGGUCACCCAGGCAUGAAUCGCCUAAGCCAGCUUCGCCGAUCAACCGAUUGGUGCUACAAGUGAGCGAAGUCGAGGGGAAGGCAUUAAAUGUAUCUAAAAGCAAGUGCUCGACCCCGGAGAAACUUGACGAUUCCGAAGACGAACUGAGCCGCACUUUUACCAUCAAGGAUGAUGAUGAUGACGAAUGCGGAGCAGGUCCAAUCAAAGCGGGAUCAUCAGCGGUCAGUCCAAGGCCAGCGGUAGCCACAGAUGCAGUUGAUCCAGUGGAGGAGACUCGCAUCAUCGAUGAUAGCAUUUGUGAAGAGGUUCACGUGGAUGUGCCCGAGAAAAUCGAAAACGAAGGUGCGCUUGUCAUUGAGGACAGCAUUUGCGAGGAGGUUCCCACAGACCCCACAGAUCCGAAAGCUGAGGUGGAAGAGUCUUCGGAGAGUUCGGAAACAAAUAAAGAGAACGAAGCGUCCGCUGUAAAACCCUCGCCAGUUGAGCAGCCGAAUAAAGAAAUGGAAAAAGAAGCUGGACCCCCGCCUCGUAGGAGUUCGCGCCGUCUCUCCGCUGACCAGAGGAUUGUGGCCACCACUCCGCGGCGCAGCACUCGCCGCGCCUCUGUCGAAGUCAACAGCGAACAGGCUGCAAUCAGUCAACGCACGCGACGCGCCUCAUUCUCAUCAGGUGAUACCCAGGCCUUGGCCACGCCUACGCGAAAGCGUCGCCUGACCGAGGACAUGGGCACGCCAACAAGGCAGUCAAAGCGACUGCUAAACACGCCCAAGCGAGCCAAUUUAGUCGAUGAAUCUGUCGGCGAUAUGGGCGUCAUUGUGGAGGAAGCUGCCCCGGCAGAUGAAGAAAAGGCGGCCACUGAAGAUGAAGAUUAUGGCACAGAACUGGCCAUAGAUGAGCCCGACAAUGUGGACUACCACGGCCUGAGAGAUAUGCUAAAGACCCCCAAAAACUGCAGCACGCCGCUAUUCAAGGGCUUGCGGGAACUGAUGCAGACACCCAGGAUGCCUGCUUCGCCCAUUCUGGGCAACAUUGAGGAGCUGUUGGAGGCCUCUGACAGCGUCUCACAGACACCCCGCAGGAGCAGGCGGAGAGGACCAGCGGAAGAUGCGGAGGGCGCGGAUCUCGACAGGAUUCUGAAGACUCCCAGCGCCAAGAAUAUUAUGGUACCCAAUGAGCCAGCCAGUGCGGUGUUGCACUCUCGCAAGGAUUAUACCAGGGACUCGGUGGUGUUAAGGUACGAUUUGAGCGUUGGUGGGCUCACCCUGCCCUUGGACACCAUAUUUAACGAUGUCCCCAGCACUUCUGUUGCACACGCAGAGGACACUGAAACCGAAAUCAAUGUGACGACCGUAAGCACGGCGACUGAUGCCGAUCCCCUGGCUGCCUCCAAGCGGAACGAUUCGAUCUCGUCGGAGGGCCUGAUGAAUUUGAGUGAGGCGCCGACAUACAGCAAGACUGCGACGACCAGCACCACAUACAAAGCUGCGAUCAGGGCGGACCUGGAGCUCAGCACACUGACUGAGGAGGGAGGUGAGACAUCCAGGCCCACCUCGCCCAGCGUCAACGAAAUAAGCGGCAUACAGCGGCUAGAUCAGACCUCGGACUCGAUGUUCUCAGAUCCUCCCAUAGUGUCUGCUGUUGACUCGGUUGGCGUGACCGUGGAGGAGACAAAGGUUCAGACCAUUCGUUCGCCAUCUGUCCCGAUUCCGAGUGAUGAUCGCUCUGACACUGACUCAAUCAUUGGCUUGAGCGAGCCCUUGGUAUUCAGCGAUGAUGAGGAUCUUGCACCGCAAGAGACAAUCGCAGAAACAAAGAAGGAAGAAAUUAGCGGUAGAUCCAAUGAGGAGCCCAGCGAAUACGCUGCCACAGCCGCAUCCGAUACAAAUGGCAAAGAGAUGCCCAAGUCUGUUGGGGAAUCCAUUGGAGAUGUCACACAAACUGUUCAGUCUUCAGUUGAUGAGAUUUCUUUGAUUGAAGUACAAGAUAUCACGGCCGAAAGCAGCAUCAAUGCCACCAAACCCAGCGAAAACCAAGAACCACCACAGGCUAAAGAAACGGAUGUCUCUUCUGUUGUGGAGGCGACAAUACCGGAAUCUGAGACCUAUCCUCUAGACUCUACAAUCGAAUAUUCGGCCAUUGAAUUGAAUGUUACAAGCUGUAGCGUGGGAGAUGUUUCCUCAAGCAAUAUCCGGAAAUCAUCGGCAACUCCAGUGGCUAAUAAUGAAGUUCCCACUGCCACACCUGGAGUAACAGAAGAUGCAGCAUCGUCACCCAGAGAGUUGCCAGAGGAGAGAGCAGCUGAAAAGUCAGAAGUCGAGGUCGAAUCUUCAGCCAAUGAUUUGCCAGAAGAAAGCACCACGGACGAGAGCACUCAAAGGGAACUAGUUGAAGAGACUUCAGCGAAGAAAUUACCAAUCCAGCAGACUCCAGAGGAUUCAGUUAGAGAUACAGACGAACAGGAGAAGGUAACUUGUGAAGAAUCUCCAGUUAAAAAUAGUUUGGAUAUCAUUGAGCAAACGCCAGAAGCAAACAAAACGCCUGCCGACGUGUCUCUGGUUGUAGAAGGAACUGAGGAACAGGAUAUUCAGCAUGUUUCCGCUGUGGUAAACACAGCUCAAGAUACAUCCGAAGAUCCUCAGAUGUCUCAUGAAACGGUUAUAAGCACGGACGACUCCGUAGCCGUAAAAUUGGACGCCGCAAGUGCGCCUAAACCUGCUGAAGAACCAGAAAGCGAAGCGCCUCCUGCAGAGUCUGCAAGUGCACCAGCAACAGAAGCCCAUAAUCUGGAAGAUGACUCAAAUAUGCUGGACAUUACACAAGAAAUCAGCAUAGCUGAGCAACGAGAGGAAGCUGAGACACCACCUGAUGAUGGGAAAAUUCAAUUGGAUGCGUUCAGCAUUAUAGAAAAUGUUGACGAAGAGUCCAUCAUCGAUCGACCGCAAGAAGCUGAAGCAGCUCCAACCGAAGAAUCUUCAGAGCACGUAGCCCCAGAGGAAUCUUUGAUUGAAGAUGUACCAGAUCAAUCUCUGAUUGAAAAUAUUCCAGAGGAAUCUUUGAUUGAAGAGGUUCCAGAUGAAUCUUUGAUUCAAGCGGUUCCAGACAAAUCCCUGAUUGAAGAUGUUCCAAAAGAAUCUUUGAUUGAAGAUGUACCAGAGGAAUCUAGUAUUGAAGAGGCUCCAGAAGCAUCUUUGAUUGUAAAGGAUCCAGAGGAAUCUUUGAUUGAAGAGGUUCCAGAUGAUUCUUUGAUUGAAAUUGUUCCAAAAGAAUCUUUGAUUGAAGAUGUACCAGAGGAAUCUAUUAUUGAAGAGGCUCCAGAAGCAUCUUUGAUUGAAAAGGAUCCAGAGGAAUCUUUGAUUGAAGAGGUUCCAGAUGAUUCUUUGAUUGAAAUUGUUCCAGAAAAAUCCCUGAUUGAAGAUGUACCAGAGGAAUCUAUGAUUGAAGAGGCUCCAGAAGAAUCUUUGAUUGGAAAAGAUCCAGAGGAAUCUUUGAUUGAAGAGGUUCCAGAUGAUUCUUUGAUUGAAAUUGUUCCAGAAAAAUCCCUGAUUGAAGAUGUUCCAGAAAAGUCCCUGAUUGAAGAUGUACCAGAGGAAUCUUUGAUUGAAAAGGAUCGAAAAGAACCUUUGAUUAAAGAAGCUGCAAAGGAAUCGUUGAUUGAAAAUGUACCAGAGGAAUCUAUAAUUGAAGAGGCUCCAGAAGAAUCUUUGAUUGAAAAGGAUCCAGAGGAAUCUUUGAUUGAAGAGGUUCCAGAUGACUCUUUGAUUGAAGCGGUUCCAGAAAAAUUCUUGAUUGAAGAUGUUCCAGAGGAAUCUUUGAUUGAAAAGGAUCCAAAAGAAUCUUUGCUUGAAGAAGCUGCAAAGGAAUCUUUGAUUGAAAAUGUACCCGAGGAAUCUAUGAUUGAAGAGGCUCCAGAUGAAUCUUUGAUUGAAGAGGUUCCAGAAGAUUCUUUAAUUGAAAAGGAUCCAGAGGAAUCUAUUGUUAAUGAUGUACCAGAGGAAUCUCAUAUGGAAGAGGCUCCAGAAGAAUCUUUGAUUGAAAAUAUACCAGAGACGUCUUCGAUUGAAAAGGAUCCAGAACAAUCUUUGAAUGAAGUUGUUCCAGAACAAUCUUUGAUUGAAAAGGAUUCAGAGGAAUCUCUGAUUAAAGAGGCUCCAGAGGAAUCUUUAAUUGAAUCGAUUCAAAACGAUUCUAUUGCAAUGGAAACAACGCUAGAUGAGAUUUGCUCUGAGGAUCAGCAGACGAAUGGCCCCACCCAAAAGGACAAAUACGAUGCGGCCACAAAAUCAAAGGACGUGACUGGUAAUGCUGGAGCAAACGAUAAACCUGCAGCUGGCGUGGAGAUCGCCAACACGGAAACUGACGCAGCAAAGGAACCAACUAAUCUGGAUGAAUCAGCUGCAGUGGAUGUUCCGCAGGAUAUAAGUAUACUUGAGGAGCAGCAGGAUAAAGAGGAAGACGAAGUUAUUCAAUUGGAUGCUUCAAACCGUUUGGAAGAUGUUUCCAUUAUCGAGGAAAUGCCUGAGCCUGAAGCAUCACCAGCCGAAGAAUCUGCAAAUAAAAAUAUCAAAGAUGAUGAGAGUACAGAAGUUACAAAGCCAGUGGACACAACCAGAAACGAGAGUUCAAGUGCAGGUCAACAGAGCAAUGGACAGGACGUGGAAACAGCGGUCGAGAAACCUGCUUCAAGCGAUGAAUCUUUAAUCGAACAACCAGAAGCGGUUUCCCUCUUGGAAGCUUCGAAGCACAUGGAUAUCCCUGAUGUCGUAAACGAUGCAGAGAGAUCCCCUGCUAGGGAGAACGGAAAUGACGAAGAAGUCAGCGUCAUCCAAUUAGACGCCUCCAACGCCUUUGAAGAUGUGGAGGAAACUCCAGAAGCUCACAAGCCAACAAGCGAUGAAGCACCUGAAGCAGAGACCUUGCCCACGGAGGAGUCUUCAUUGCAGUGCAACGACAAAUCGACAAACGAAGACAAAGUAAUUCCAGUGGAUGCUUCGAGCAAUGCAGACACACACAUUCCCGACAUUCAGCAGUCACUUUCUGGAAACACUGCUGCGGUCUCUGUUGAGGAGCCAGAAGCAACAGCGACAGCCGCAGCCAUCGAGUUGCCCAAAGAGAGCGAGAGAAUGUCCACAUCCGAUGCAGAAGUCGUGCCAGAAGCAAAUGUAACCAACAAAGUGGCAGCUGUUCAAGGUGAUUCUACUCCCGAGGAAGCUUCUGUUUCGGAAACAACUCCAGAUGAAACCAAAGUCCAAGAAAAGAUUGCUGUAGCACCAGAGCUGGAUGUUCAACAAAAAACUGAAACCGAAACGGAAACCGAACGUGAAGCUAAAGCUGAUCCCCCUUCAGUUGGGGAGGAUCUGUCUCAAUCAUCCCCUGAGAGAGAAGAGAAAACAUCAGAGACUAAUGUAGAAUCCUCCAAGGAGCCUUGCAUUAGUACCCCAACUUCCAUCUCAGAGGAAAGCACACCUCCAGCUGCAGUUGAGGAGACUGUACAGGAGCCAGAACCAGAAAAAGAAGAGGAACUCGCUGUAAUUCGACCGGCAUCCAUCGUGGUUGAAAGCAUUCUUCCACCUGCAAUUGAGGAGCUAUCGGAACCCUCUCAAUCAACACAGAAAGAAGAGAUGUCAGCUGGGAUUCGAUCAGAGUCUUCUAAGGAACCUCUCCCCAGUGCUCCAAUUUCCAUCGAUGACGAAAGCACACCUCUAUCCACCGAGGAAAUUCAAUCAGUUUCCUCAACGUCAGAGUCUGAAGAAGUAAUCGAUGAGACGCCCAGACAGCAGUCCAUAAUCGGUUCGAAUGCUACAAAUAUUCUGGAGAACAGACCUCCAAUUACAGGUCACAGUGCGAGCGACGAGAUUCAAAUAAUAUCGGACGAUAGUCAGUCAGAGUCAACCCCAAAAGACGAAACUUCCAGCCAAGAUGAUGAGGAUGAGGAUGAUGAGGAGGAUUCUGUAGGCUUGCUGGAAGAACAAGCCGAGCCUGUGAAUCUGCAAGUGAAGAGGAGGGAAACCGCUACCAGAGUGUUCCCCUCUAAAGUCCAAAUGGAUGAUGUUGUGAUUGAAUUGAGCGACUCAAACUCGAGCCACGCUACGCAGGAAAAACUACCAACUCAAACGGCAACACCCACACCCGUGGUAGCUGCAACAGCGGCACCAGCAGUGGAGCAACCUUCGUCUUCUGGUGCACCCGCUAAGGUUGAGACAUCUCCUACUAAACCAGAUCCUGCAGCGGAAACUAAAGUUCAAGUCGCAACCCCUGUUGAUGCACCAAGCACCAAGUCUCUAACUGAAAUGCAAUCUGCCUCAGAGGGUGCCCAGAUCAGUGCUGAAAUCGUAUCCGAGACGCAGGCGGCCUGUGAGCCAGCAGUCGGUAUAGAAAUUGAUUUUGAACAGAGCAAAAGCCAAAAGCUAAAAAGUAAUACUGAAAACGGAAAUAAAACGCUUGAAGAAAAAAUCGUGAAAAAAGUUACACCGGAGACAGAAAGAGAGCAAGCGGCAGCCAAGCAGGAGGCGAAGAAGGAAACAGGACUGGGACAAAAGGACGUGCACUCGCCCGCUAAGGAGGAUCUACUGCCUGCCGCCAGUAGGAGGGUGACCAGAAAGGGCUCGUCCGUGGAGAGAACUGCGGCGGCCAUCGAAUCGGAGGGGCCAAGGAGGCGGGGCCGCAAACCGACGGCCGAGGAACCACCGAUCAUCGAGCAAAAGGAAGCAAACAUGGAAACGGUCAAGAAGCGGGGACGAAAGCCGUCCAAAGAUGUAGACGAAGCACACCCAGAGCCGGAGGCAGCCAAAACCAAUCUGGAAAAGCCCAAACGACGUGGACGCAAGCCAUCGGCAGAGGAUACAAAAAGGACAACGAAGCAACUACAGAAGAGCGACCUGUCACAGCGAAGCGCCGUGGCCGGCCCCCAUCAUCGGAGAAGGAUGUGCUCCAGAAGGUCAAAGGCCAAGAGAUUCUGGCACCCACCCAUCAUGCAGAAGAGCGACCUGGAACAGAAAAGAGCCAUGGACGACCUCCAUCAGCGGAGAAGGAUGAGCUACAGAAGGCCCAAGAGAUUCUGGCACCCAUCAACGAAGAUCAAACAGAGGACUCUGAGCUGAAAGCCCGCAAAGCGAGGUCGCAAAUCGGCCGAAUUUGUCCAGGAGGAGCAGAAGGAGGUUCUGCCUGAGACAUCGAAGCGACGCGGACGUCCUCCAUCUGCAGAGAAGCACCCCACGAAGGACGAUGCACCCCCGGAGCACCUGGCAGCCAAUAAAGAGGAUCAACCAGAUGUGGCUGAACCCAUGAAGCCUCUAAAGCGAACCCGCAAGGCCUCAGAGCGUUUGAAACCUGAGGAGGCCAGCCAGCCAACAGCCACUCAAGUGGAUCAGCCAGAUGCUGCCCAGGCAGAGAGGCCCAAGCGACGUGGACGCAAGCCAUCUGUAGACGUUGAACUUGCAGCUCCGGAUGUCCUCGAGAAGCCCAGGGCACGACGAGGGCAGAAAGCAGCAGACAAAGAACCAGCUGCAAAGAAGCGCAUGGCAUCGGUGGAGCUCGUGGACCCACAUCUGGAGGAGAUCCCUGAGGAAGACGAGCGAGAGCCAGAGCCAAAGAAGUUGAUGCUGGAGGGGGAGCAGGAGGAGCACAAGACGCGUAGACGUGGACGCAAGCCCACAGCCGAGACGGUGGAUAUCCCAGAGGAGCAUGUCGAGGCAAGCAGCUCUCGGCGACGCGGACGCAAGGCGACCGAGGAAGAAGCCACGGACGAGCCCAAGCCAAAGCGUCACAGCGCUGAAGGUGCACCAGUGGUGGCUCCUCUUCCCGAGAUCAUCCAGGAAGCAGCAACAGCAGCGAAGCCAGCACGACGAGGCCGCAAGCCAAGCGUGGAUGUGGAUGUGGCUGUGGCUGUGGCAGAGAAGAAACUGCCAGCGCGAGCUGUCCGGAAAGCAUCAGCGAGUGUCGACGAGGGGACACCGCAAACCAAAAAGACAACGGCGCGGCGAGGACACAAGGCCUCCGCCCAGGAAGAAGUCGUCGAUGCGCCACUCAAUAUGCACACAGAAGAUGUGCCCACAGAAAUCGUUACUGUCAGUGCUUUGGUCUCUGCAGAGAAGGCCAACGAUGGGGCACACUCCUCGCCCUCCCACACCGAGGAUGAGCUGACACCACGACGACGCGAGGGACGCAAUAUUCCUCGAAAGAACUACACAGAAGUCGCCGACGAUGACAAGCCCAGCCCUGGAUCACGACGCAACCGCAAGCCGUUAACCAGUGGCAAGUCAGUGGCACCCAAGACGCCCGAUGUGGAGGCGCUUCCCACAACGCCAACACCCGCCCAGAAGGGGCCACCUAUCGAAGAACAAGCCCCAGCCGCGCCGGCCACCCCAGAGAUCAACACGGUGACCUUGCCGGAUCCCACAACCUCACAGAGGCGUGAGGGACGCAAUCUGCCGCGGAAGAACUACACAGAAGCGCCCGAUGAUGACAAGCCAACUCCGUCCCGCAGCCGACGCCAGAGGAACCCGACAGUCAAGGCCCUGGAGCUAAUUGUGGACACCACGCCCAGACCAGCUACGCCCAGGCGACGCAAGGGUAAGGCAGUCGUUGGGGAGACGCACGAGGAGGCGCCUCAAGCUGCAGAGGAGACACCAGCGAUGCCAACGGCCGCCUCUGCCAAAGGACGGGGCACCCGUCGCAAGGCCGAGGAUGUGACUGAAGCAGAAUCUACAGAGGUGGAGGAGGCCGAGCCCGAGACAAAGCCAACAGCCCGAAAGAAUGCGCGCGGCAACGCACGCAAAGCCAAAGUCGGGACUGAGCCAGACCCAGAUGCCCAGCCGGCUACCAAGAAAGCACGUGGCGGAGCCCGUGCUAAGACACCAGUGGUGAUCGUCUCCGACGACGAGCCAGAACCUGCGCAGGAGCCCGUGGUGACUGUGGCCGCCAAGAAACCAGCCGCCCGUGGACGCGCACGAGCUGCCAAGGCAGCCCCAAUUGUUGAAUCAGUGGCAGAGCAGGACACUCUAUCACCGGAAGCCGCUGGCCCAUCAGCUCCGGCAGCACGCGGUGGCCGUGCCAAGAAGGUGCACUUCGAGGCCACUCUGCCCGUGGCAGAGUCCGCCCCCGGCACCGACGAGGCGCCCAAGAGAGCCACACGCUCCCGACGCAAAUAAAGAACUGGUUUUCAUUUGCCAUCUUGCAUUUCGCCCCAUUGUUUUAUAUAUAAAUAUUCUCUAUCGUA